AUGACGGAUCAGCCAGGCGAUCAAGUGAUAUCGCACAGUUCUUCGUGGAUCGGGCUCGUCACUGAGGACGAGGGCUCGGUCGGCAAAGAGCCUGAAGAUGCUGCCAAGGUCGGAGACGCGGAUUACGUGGUCUCAAGCUCGACGGCGCGAGGCAACGCGUUCUCUAGGUUCAAACAUAUAUAUGGGGGUGUGCCGAAGAGCAAAUCCGAACCGAACCGUGCGAUGAGUCCGAUGCACUCUACCCCAUUCGGAAUGCCGGUUGGCUUCGACACCGACCAUGUCCAAGUCUGGAAAGGGUUUCAACAGGUUGAUCGGUUAGAUGAACCAAUGUCCAAAGGCACACCUACACCGGGCCGUUAUGAGUCGGUCAGCUCAAUGAUGAGCGGCACAACCUAUGUCAGCGCCAAGUACAAUCCCCUUGAACACAAUGUCUUUGAGCUUCCAGACGUUCCCUACAACCAGCAUUCCUCUAAAAAUACCGACGAGGGUCCUCUCUUCCGGGCAUACUUUUCAGAUGCUCACUCGGUCUUGCAAACGACCAGCCAGAUCCGACAGCUCAUCGUUUCCUUGAAUCCAUACCUUCGAGACUCAAACGCUUUCUUGACGGACCGUAUCGCGUAUCACUAUGCAACUCAGGUCUACAAACUCGAAUGGCAGCAUCCAUUCCUCGGCAUCACAGGACCUCUCGAGUCAAGCUUUUUCCACCCCUUCAUAUGCACGUGGAAAUCAUGCAGAAGCAUCAAAGCCUUUCAUUCUCUUUCGGACCUGAUCAUUCACAUGGAUGCGGUACACAAGCGACAACAAAUCUCUAAAAUGCGACUACUUCACCCUCCACACCAAAAGCUACUACUGUGCAAUUUCUGCGACUCGAGAUACGCCGACUUCAACUUCUUGGAUACACAUGUUGCAACUCACAUGGUUGAGAUUGGCCAAGCAUUUCUAAACAGCGCCUGGAGAGAUUUUGAAGCUGAUCCAGGGGCGUCUCUGGGGAUAUGGCAGAAGAAGCCUGCUGAGCUCGACAACAACCCAGAGCCGCCUCAGGCCAAGUUAAACCCACCUCCAAAGGAGAAAUUUCCUUACGGUGGCUUGUUUCCUCGAGUAGGUAUCGAAACCUCAGUCCCCAAACCUCGCCCCCAGAGGGCCAAGACACCACAUCAAGAGUUGUUCUCACUAAUAACUCCGCCACCCGUCCCUGAAGCCCCCAAGGCCGUCAGCCCUCCGAGGACAAAGACGCCGCAUCAAGACUUAUUUUCUCCAAUUACACCCAAGAAUUCUAUUCCAGAGUCCCCAAAAGUCGUCAGCCCUCUCAGAGCAAGGACUCCGCACCAUUACUUGGUCUCCUCAACGACACCCAAGGAGCUCGCGUCUGUCUCCCCGAAGAUUGUUAGUCCCAAGAAAGAAAAGGUCACCGAUGUCGUUUUGCCUCCUCCAGCGAAGCUAAAUGAUCCCGUUCUCGAGAUUUCUGCCCCAGUGUCAACCAACCUCCCUGAGACGCCGCCGCCUCAGAAGCCAUCGUUCAAGCAGAUUGGUAUGGCUACCGUAGAGGUGAAAAUGGUCCUCUCGACAAACGCCACUCGAAAAACAGCCGCAGGCGGUGAUGAAAGUGAUACAGACGAAUCAGAAUCUUCCGAAAGUUCAGAGGCAGGCGAUGCAGAACACGGUACAUGGAGCGGCACAGGAAUGGGACAGGGCUGGGUGGGGGCACCAGGGAGUGGACAACAAGCGCCGUGGGCUGGGCCUUCGACUCCUAGCAAUCAAAGUGCGGUAGAGGGUGGAGAUGGAGGACGAACGGGCAAGAAGAGGCGAAAGGGUGAUGGCCCGGCGUCUGUUAUGGGGUCUCGCCCUCGAUUUGCCUGCCCUUAUCGGGUAUUCGAACCUGAUGCCUUGAACUGUCUAGAGCGAGGGCCCAAGAAUCCGCUGGGUGGAUGUGAGGAUAUCUCUAGGCUCAAGCAACAUCUUGGUCGUCGUCACAAGCGUUCCCGUCGCUGUAACCGCUGCUUGAAAGCCUUCGAAAGCGACGCCAAAGCACGCACUCACGAGUCACUCGCAGCAUGCCCUGUAAUACCCCUACCAGACUUUGAGCGUCUGAUGAGCGCGGCGCACGAAAGCAUUACCGAGCGUUUCUCAACACCCAUGUCUGAUUUGGCCGGUUGGUGGUUUAUCUUUAAGCUGCUCAUUCCGGGGAUGCAGGAUCGAGAUUCGGAAUCUUUGAAGUUGGAGUACUCGCCAUACUAUGUUCACCGAGCCCCUGCCAUCAUGCUUCCAGCGAUGAACUUUUCAGCCUCCAUCCUUGACUCAGCCCCUGCAGAUGUCUUUCCAAACCCUCUGGAUCAGAUGGUCUUGGGUAUCGACGCCAAUGCGGCCACGUCAACUUUCGUAUCACAGCAUUUUUCUGUCCCCGUGUUCCAAGUCCCAGAUUCAUUAAACCCAGGAAACAUCCCUGAAAUCACAAUAUCAGCAGGCGUGGGCUCAUUCUCUGGUGCAUCAUCCGAGCAGUCGAAUCCAUGGACGCCUCCCCGUCCGUCAACCCCUGCAACCAGCACCGCACCAUCAGCAUCAUCACGAAGUGCACCGGGAAGUGUAGCAGGGAGUACCAGCCAAACACAAUUGGAGAGAAAUCACAUGCGACUCAAGAGCCAGUACAAACAGGUUGAGAAGGAAAAUGCCAAGUUGAGAGAGGACAAGUAUGCGAGCAGGGGGGAUUUGGAGCGCGCAGAAGCUGUAUUGGAGGAGGUGCUAGGGUCAGCGGAUCUGUCACAGGAUGCUUUUGACAAUCUGAGUCAAGUGUCGGACAUUCUAAUGGAGAUGAAGCGACGGUUGGGAUAA